AUGAUUGCUUCUCUGAUUUUUGGCUCCAUUUUUGGUGUUGCUGCUGGAUUUGUUGUGGGAAAGGAAGGACCCAUGGUUCACACUGGCUCUUGCAUAGCAAACUUACUUGGACAGGGAGCCUCUGGUGUAGCCGCUGCUUUUCGUGCCCCAGUAGGAGGCGUUCUCUUUGCUCUUGAAGAAGUAGCUUCAUGGUGGCGGAGUGCUCUGCUUUGGAGGGUUUUUUUCACAACAGCUGUAGUAGCUGUGGUGUUGAGAUCUCUUAUAGAAUUUUGUCAGAGUGGAAAAUGUGGACUGUUUGGGCAAGGAGGUCUCAUCAUGUUUGAUGUCAAUUCAGCUACACCAAGAUAUAGCACCACAGAUCUAUUGGUCAUUAUAUUACUUGGAAUUCUUGGAGGCGCUUUCGGAAGUCUAUACAACUAUUUCGUGGACAAGGUUCUCCGAACUUAUAGCAUCAUCAAUGAGAGAGGUCCUGGAUCCAAAAUCCUUCUUGUUGCCUCUAUCUCCCUCUUGACCUCUUGUUGCUUUUAUGGCCUACCAUGGUUUGCAAGGUGCAUUCCCUGCCCUGUUGGGCUGGAAGAGGAUUGCCCCACUAUUGGUCGCUCUGGAAACUAUAAAAGUUUCCAGUGUCCGCCAGGCCAUUACAAUGACCUUGCCUCUCUCUUACUUAAUACCAAUGAUGAUGUCAUCCGUAAUUUACUAAGCUCUGGCGAUGAGGAGUUUCACCUUUCUACCCUUUUGGUUUGCUUUGUCGCGGUAUACUGCCUAGGUAUUAUCACUUACGGCAUUGCCAUUCCAUCUGGUCUCUUCAUCCCUGUUAUAUUAGCUGGAGCCUCUUAUGGUCGCCUUAUUGGAACCCUUCUAGGGUCUUUCCUUGAUCUUGAUGCUGGCCUCUUUGCAUUGCUGGGAGCUGCUUCUUUUCUUGGUGGAACUAUGAGAAUGACGGUGUCAAUUUGUGUGAUACUUCUUGAACUUACAAACAACCUAUUGAUGCUCCCACUGAUCAUGCUAGUUCUCCUUAUUUCAAAAACUGUAGCUGAUUGUUUCAACAAAGGCGUCUAUGACCAAAUUGUGAAAAUGAAGGGAUUGCCUUAUAUGGAAGCUCAUCCUGAACCGUACAUGAAGCAUUUGGCUGCAAGUGAUGUUGUCUCUGGUCCUCUGAUUACUUUCUCUGGUGUUGAGAAAGUUGGCAAUAUUAUACAUGCACUGAAGCUUACAAAACAUAAUGGCUUUCCUGUGAUUGAUGAGCCACCUUUCUCAGAUGCAGCAGAAUUAUCAGGAUCAGGGAAAGGUCUCAAGCUGGAGGAUUUGGAUAUUAAAGAAGAGGAAAUGGAGUCGUAUGUUGAUCUCCACCCAAUUACUAAUACAUCCCCAUAUACAGUUGUGGAGACAAUGUCCCUGGCCAAAGCUGCGGUCCUGUUUCGGGAGCUUGGUCUUAGGCACUUGUGUGUUGUACCAAAGACACCUGGGAGACCUCCAGUGGUAGGAAUUCUGACAAGGCAUGAUUUUGUUCCAGAGCAUAUUUUGGGACUUUACCCACAUAUUAACCGACAUAAGUAG